AAUCUUCCCCUCCCCUCCUCCUUCUUUCUCCUAUUUAUAUUUUUCAGUCCCUCCUCUUUCUCAUCCCAGCCCCUCCUCCUCCGCGCUCUCUCUCUCUCUCUCUCUCUGUCUCUGUCUCCGUCUCUCUCCUGCGGAGAGCUUAUAGGUAGGUUUUUUAACGAAGGAACCCAAAUCCUAUUGGAGUCCGCUUGUCCGGCGGCUACGGCGGAGGAGAGGAGAGAGUUGAUGGGAGGACUGGGAUCAAAAUUGUGAGCAUCGGAGGGAUCGCAAUGCGAGCCAGGGAGAUGCACCCGCUCUGCUGCAUCGCUCUCGACUGCCCCGGCGCCGGCGGUGACCGCUCACCGGAGACACCGCCGGUGGGAUCGGACGGCAAUGCCGGGGGUGGCGCGGUGGCGGCGGAUGUCAGCGUCGCGGGUUUGCUCUACAAGUGGACGAAUUACGGCAAGGGGUGGCGGUCGCGCUGGUUUUCCCUGCGGAACGGUGUCCUUUCCUACUCCAAGAUCCGCGGCCGUGAAAGCCUUCCCCCACCGGUGCCCGCCGACGUCCGCCUCAUCGGCGACGCCUCCGCCCGCUUCUCCCUGGCCGAUCCCGCCGGCCGCCAGCACCAGCACCAGAAGCCCGUCGGCGUCGUCUAUCUCAAGAUCUCAUCAUUUCGUGAGAGCAAGUCCGAUGAUAGACGAUUCUACAUAUUUUCUCCUACAAAGACACUUCAUUUGAGAACUGGUUCAAAGAAAGAUCGUGUGGCAUGGAUUGAGGCUUUGGUCUCAGCAAGAAGUGUAUAUUCCCUGAGAUCAUUGAGUGAAAAGAUUUCAUUUACCCCCAAUGACAUAUCCUUUUCAACUGCAAGGCUUAGAGAUCGUAUGCAUGUGGAGGGCCUCAGCGAGGAACUUAUAAAGGACUGUGAGAAGAUCAUGCUGUCAGAAUUUUCAGAGUAUCAAAAGCAAUUAAGGCUUCGAUACGAAGAACGUUUAAACUUGUUUGGAACAUUUCAGCCACAGUUCGAGGAAGUUAAUGUGGAAGAUGAACCAACAAUCCAUGGGCGCCAAUUGAAGUUAAUGGAAACUGAAUUUUCUAGCUCCGGACAUGGAAAAUACAGUGAGUACAGUACAACGGAAUCAUCUGAGGAUGUGGAAAAGCAAGAAGAAUUUGAUGAGUUGUCAGAUGAAGAUGAGCCUUCCUUUUUUGAUACAAAGGAGUGUUUUAGUGACUCAUUUGAUACCUGUGCUUCUGUGACAAGGGAUACAAACCAUACAAGUCAGAAUUGCAGAAGUGAUAAUAGCACAGGUGAUGCGGAGAUGAUGCAUGCUGAAAUAGAACAUAAUGUUCAUCAUGCAUUUCCUCAUGUUGAAAGAAGGAAGAAAUUGCCAGAACCUAUUGAGAAGGAGAAAGGCGUUAGCCUUUGGUCAAUGAUUAAAGAUAAUGUUGGAAAGGAUCUGACACGAGUAUGUCUGCCAGUUUACUUUAAUGAGCCGUUAUCAUCCCUUCAGAAGUGUUUUGAGGACCUGGAAUAUUCAUAUCUCUUGGAUCAAGCUUAUGAAUAUGGGAAGAUGGGGAACACUCUCAUGAGAAUUCUGAAAGUAGCUGCCUUUGCUGUCUCUGGAUAUGCUUCUUCUGAUGGCCGACUUUGCAAACCGUUCAAUCCUUUGUUAGGAGAAACAUAUGAAGCUGAGUGUCCUGAGAAGGGGGUUCGUUUCUUCUCAGAGAAGGUCAGUCACCACCCCAUGCUAAUUGCCUGCCACUGUGAAGGCAAAGGUUGGAAGUUUUGGGGUGACAGCAAUCUCAGGUCAAAAUUUUGGGGGCGAUCUAUUCAACUAGAUCCAGUUGGCAUUUUGACCCUGGAAUUUGAUGAUGGUGAAAUAUUUCAAUGGAGUAAGGUUACAACCACUAUUUACAACCUCAUCCUUGGUAAAGUAUACUGCGAUCAUCAUGGAACUAUGAAUAUACGAGGCAACCGCCAAUAUUCUUGUAAGCUCAAGUUUAAAGAGCAGUCUCUCCUUGACCGCAAUCCUCGUCAAGUGCAAGGCUUUGUUGAGGAUGUCAUGGGAACUAAAGUAGCCACCUUAAUGGGAAGAUGGGAUGACAGCAUGUACUAUGCCAAAGGAGAUCAUAUUUCCAAGAUUAAGGGUUCUAAUCUAACACAGAGUGCUUCCUUGCUAUGGAAAAGGAACAAGCCUCCUACUAAUCCCACUCGAUACAACUUGUCAUCAUUUGCGAUUACACUAAACGAGCUAACUUCUGAACUGCAGAUUAAGGAGAAGCUUCCACCUACGGACUCAAGACUUCGUCCAGACCAGCGGCAUCUAGAGAAUGGGGAAUAUGAGAAGGCAAAUACAGAGAAGCAACGGUUGGAGAAAAGGCAGCGAAUGUCAAGGAAAUUGCAAGAGAAUGGUUGGAAGCCAAGAUGGUUCCAAAGAGACUGUGAACAUGAUACAUAUCGUUAUAUUGGUGGGUACUGGGAAGCAAGAGAAGAAAAGAAGUGGGAUGGAUGCCUGAAUAUAUUUGGCGAAAUUUUGGAGGAUACAAAUUUUUCUUCCUGCAAAUAAGAACACCGAACACUCAAUGAGAUCCAUUAGGGGCAAUGCUUUCAACAGUCGGUCUGUUAACAACGAAAUUUUAGUCCUUUACCUUAGACAAGGCGAAGUCCAAUCUAGGUAAAUUUUGCUAGCAAUAGCAUGGCUAUGAAAAUAUGCAGAUUACGUUAUGUGAUGAUGAUAACAGUCAUCCCAAUUUUUUCCCCAUCCAAAUGUUAUUAUUUGAUGUACGUUUUCCAUUGUUUCAUCUACAAUGUCAUAUUUUAACUGCCAACUAUUUUGUAUGACAUUUUUUUCCGAUGUGAUCUGGACUUUUAAACAAGGAUUACCAUUAUAAUGUAUAUUUACUUGAUCUCUGCCCAAA